UUUCAAGUGAAGGAAGUCGAACAGUUUGAAAUGAUGUCGAUUUUUUUUUAACAAUAUUUUGGUUUUUACGGGCAAAAAAAAUGAAUCAAAUCUUUCGUUCAUGUAAACUAGAAAUUUAUAUGCUUUCACGGUGCUAUGGAAAUCAAGGUAAAAAAGGCACGCAUUAUGAGACCUUAGGAAUCCCAGAAAAUUCUUCACAAAAAGAAAUAAGACAGGCAUUUAUCAAACUUUCGAAAGAAUUGCAUCCAGACAUAAAGGGAAAAGAAAGUCAUUCCGAAUAUGUGAAGAUAAACGAGGCUUACAAUGUUUUGGGUAAAGAAAACCUAAGGCGCGUUUAUGAUGCGAAUAUAAAAUAUGGAAAUAAUUUAGAUCAAUUUUCUUCAUAUUCUUCACACCCAACUUAUGAAACCGUCAGGCGAGGAUCUAAUGAUUACGAUUUUUAUACACGAUCGUCAAAAUACACAGCUGAUCAAUGGGACGAAUAUGUUCAUUCUCAAGCUGGUGAUAAUUAUUAUGGGAUAAAAGGAAUUAAGCGCGUGAAAAACGUUUUCAUUAUACUAAUGAUUUGCAGCUUUGUAACAAUGGUUAUUUUUGGUCAAAUAAUAGUAAUGAAUAGAAGGGUAUUACGCAAUAGAGAAAUUAUAAUGGCAAGAUCCAUCCAGUACCAAAGUGAAUAUAAACAAGCGCAACGUGCUGCUGAAGCAAAAUCUAGAGAAGAACAAAUUCAAGACUUGGAAACUAAGAUAGAUUUACAGAAAAAGUCCAUGCCACUAGAUGGAAUAAAUUAAGAAUCUUAGAAGAUUUCUUCGACUUGAACACGAUCUGUACAAAGAAUGGUAACUACAGAAAACAUAAGUCAUAGUUGCGAAUUUAGUUCAGUACAAAAUAUUAGUUUUUUAUUUAAUAUAUCUUAAUUCUUUUAUGUAUAAAUUACCGAAGCACAAUUUUUCAGUCCACUUUUAUCAUUUUAAUCUCGAAGACUGACUUUCGAUAGGAAACAUCAAAGCAAUGAAAGAAAUACAAGUUCAAGCUUUAUACAUAGUUUAUUUUUAAAAAAGUGAGCCCACUGCGCAGGCGUUUUCAAUAAAUUAAUGAGUUUUGUGGUUUUACGUGUAUAUAAAAAUAAAUUAUAUCUCUAGUUCUCUUUUCAAUGGCGUGCAAAAUUUAUUGUUUUUUCUAAUAUUAUUAGUAUCACAAAAUGAAAAAUAUAAUUUAGGGUGUGAGAUACGGAAUACAAUUGUGUAAAUACUGUUUUGAAGGAAUCGUUAUAUGGAAAGUGUAGAUAAUUGUGAAUACAUUUACGUUAAACUAGCGACUUUAUAUUGGUUAAUUAAUAUUUGAAAAUAAAUAUUUAUCUUC